GCCAUAUAAAACAAUUGUCAUGAGUUAGAACCAUAGACAAACACAAGUGUGUAUACUCAAAUCAAUUGCAUAUUUUACAUCAUAACUCCAAACAAGAAAACCCAAAAAAUGAUCAAUGAUAGUAUCAAUCAUCUCUCAAUUGAAAAAUCUUUUAGAAUAAAGCAAGAUGAUAGAUUCUUCUCAAGGCUAAAAUCCAAGGAAGCUUCUAGUGCCAACACUUCAUCAAGAAUCUUGUAUUAUGGAGAAACAUCAAUUGCAAUUCCUUUUGUUUGGGAGGAACAACCUGGUACUCCUAAACACCCUUUGUCUCAAAUCUCUAUACUUCCCCUUACACCCCCACCUUCAUUUUAUUCAAAAAAAUCCAAUACUAACAAAACAAGAAAAUCAAGAAUCAAUGUUUUUUCAUGCAUUUUGCCAAGGUUAGUUUGUUCAAGGAAGACUACUCAUGCAUCAUCCACAUCGUCAAGAUUGUCGCAGUCGUCAUCGUCGUCUUCGUCAUCAUACUCAUAUUCGAUGAGAGACAACAAUCAUGGAAGUUUCUCUUCCUCGUGUUCAUCAACAAUUGUUAGCUCAUUUUUGAAACAUAAGAGUUCAAACAGAAUUAGAGGAUGUUAUCCUAUUGGAAAAAUAAAGAAUGCUACUAUAAGUCAUGGAGGGUAAUUUAUUAAGGUAAUUAAUUUCUUUUUUAGAGAUUAGUUUUCUAUAUGGCGUGCUAGUAAAU